AUGGGCGUACCCAUCCCUCUUCCGGCCGGCACCUCAGACUACAGCAAAAGAACACUCGAAUUCAUCCGGGAACUCUAUUUCGUUUUGUGUGUGGUCGACUACGUUUUGCACAACUACUUUGAGGAGCCGGAAAUCGCACAGCUUCUCGAAGCAUACUUUUCGGAACAUGGUGAUAUCGAGACAGCCCGCAUACACGUCCGAAUGGACCGCGUCUACACGAUCGUCAACAAACCAGGGAGAUACGGGCGAGACACGGAUGAUGUUUCAGAGUGGGCGUCUGGAACGUCAUACCGGUUCUCAUCAACGCAGCGCGUUGACUCAGAUUCAUCCAAGAGAAAACCCAAUGUCGUCGCCUACUGUAUGAGCAACAAGCGUAUCACCACAAUAUUUUGCAACCACUUUAGGGAUCCCAUGUACGGAUGUGCAAUCUCAGAGAUGAUACAGGUCCUCAGAUUGAAAGCCACCCCGGAUGAUAUAGACAGCAUUCAGUGCCUUGGUAUGACCAUUCUCCACGAAAUGACCCAUGAGCAUCUUGGAGCCCUCGACUUUGGCCUAUACGGCUAUGGAGAUUCGGUUUCAUUCGCGCAGCGACGUGGUAAAAAUUCCGAACCAUGGCCGCUACACGCAGACGGAAUUACUCUGUUCAUCAUAAGUGUCUACCUUACUGUCCUAAUGCUACUUGUUCAUUUUUGCAAUACUGACUGCGGUGGUAUCGUGCCUCGCGGUGACUUCGGGCCUUAUGGUCUGCUACCGCCAUUUGACAAAGCCAAGGCGCGGAGCGGUAAGGCAAUGGUCGACAUCGUGGAACGCUUGCAGAAAGACCCGGAUUUUGGACAUCUCAAAUUGCGGUUCAACAUCGUGUGA